CCCCUUGGGUUUUAGCUAUGACGCGCGAUGUUAUGUUUUUGAACCCGAGUAUGUCUAAGCAUUUAAAAAAAACUGCGUAGGAGAGAAUAUGGAGACUGUACUACCGGAAGGAUGGCUGCUCUUAAAGCGGGUUGGAAAGUAAAAUUUAGUUAGGACAGUUUUUUAGCAAAUUUUCAGGGUGUUGAUAAAUUAUCUCUGCUGAAAACACCGACUGACAUAGAAAACAAAUUAACUAUCAUUUAAAAAAAGCUGCGUUGGAGAGAAUAUGGAAACUGCACUACRAAAAGAUGGCUGCUUCAUCUCUUCUGGAAACAGACUGACAAGGGUCUGACAAUUUAAAAAAAACCCGCAAAUCACCAAACUAUCUUUAUCGAUGACAACGUGAGUGUGUUGACCACAGCAAUAGUAAUACCUAAAGUAACUCUGGACGUACRAUUUUUGAAACAGAUCUUGUUGUUUUGUUUAUAAAUUGUUAUUCAAUGAACAACCUCAUGCCUGAUUAUAAUAAUGUCUCACAAAAACUCUGCUGCMUACCACCCGUUUUCGGUCACCGGCCAAAUGACUGCAAAACAAUAGUUUUUUAACCGGCCAAAAGAACAAUUGAUACACUCUCGCCUGCUUUAGUUGAAAAGAAAGGAUACUGGCCAUAUAUCUAAUUAUUUUCAUGGACAUAUCGUUAAAUUCUUGGCUGUUGGAGUGAAAUAGAGGAAUUGCAAUAUUUUCAUGACAAUCGCAUUGGUUCAAGAUUUGUGUCGCCSAUGCUCGUUCAACUAAUUCUGGCAAUCGCCUACCAACUCACUCAGACUUUCACGCGGUAAAUAAUGUCAUCUGCCUCGCGUCAGUCAAGACAGCAUCGUCUUUUAAUCCAAGUUUUCAUUCUAACAUCAAUAUUUUGGAUUUCUGUUGACGUCUUGCUUUUUUUAACCUUCUUGAACACACAGUUUAGCUUCUUUGAGUCAGAAAACAUUGUUCCAAAUGUUGGUCCUUCAGAACAUCGUCACAGGUCAUUUAAGUUUCGCCCAAAAAUCAAUAAUAGAAAGGARUUCAGAACUGGACGUUAUGAGGCAUUUGAUAUUGAACCUGGUCUCGGAGAACUCGGUGAACCGGSCACUUUACCGAAAAAGUUGAAAAAAGCCGCAGAAAAUGUCUUUCAUAAUCAUUCAUUUAAUGUAUUGUUGAGUAACCGCAUCUCAUUGGAUAGGAAGCUGAAAGACGUCAGAGGACCAAAAUGUGUAAAGAAGCACAGUUCCUACCCCAAAAAACUUCCAACGACAAGUGUAAUUAUUUGUUUCCAUAACGAAGCGUUAAGUGUCCUUCUGCGUACUGUACAUAGUGUCCUUAACGAAUCACCUCCUCAUCUUAUCGCUGAUAUCAUUCUUGUUGAUGAUUUUAGCCAGUAUGARGACUUAAAAGCGCCUUUAGUUGAACACCUUUCUAGAUUUGAGAAAGUCAAAGUGAUACGCAUGCCCAGCAGAAAAGGACUAGUCCCUGCUCGGUUAAAAGGGGCCGCGGUAGCCAAGGGUGACGUUCUGACGUUCCUUGAUUCUCACUGUGAAGCUACACCAGGCUGGCUGGAGCCGCUUUUGGCGCGAAURGCCGACGACAGAAAGAACGUUGUUUGUCCUGUGAUUGAGGUGAUCGAGUCCGARGAUUUCAGCUAUAAAGCAUCAGAUGUGAUCUACGAAAGGGGUGGUUUUAACUGGGAUCUCUUUUUUACGUGGAAAGCCAUCCCUGAGUUUGAAAGAAACAGGAGAAAAGACGAGACUGACACGAUAAGAUCUCCAACAAUGGCCGGUGGAUUGUUCUCGAUUCAUCGUCAGUAUUURUACGACAUGGGUACUUAUGAUGAUCAGAUGGAAAUUUGGGGAGGUGAAAAUCUUGAAAUGUCGUUCAGGAUAUGGAUGUGCGGAGGUCAGAUUGAAAUUAUCCCAUGUUCUCGAGUUGGUCACGUGUUUCGCAAGUAUACAUCUCCUUACCAGUUCCCUAAAGGAACGUCAYCAACGCUGGCAAAGAACUUCAACCGACUGGCAGAGGUUUGGAUGGAUGAAUACAAAGAUUUAUACUACAGAAAGAAAUCAGAAGAAGAGAGAAAUGUUGACAUCGGUGACAUCAGUGAAAGAGUUGAACUCAGAAAGAAACUAAAAUGCAAAAGCUUUAAGUGGUAUCUAGAGAACAUCUUCCCUGACAUGUCUAGUGUAGARCCUAAUCCCCCUGCACAAGGAGAGAUCCGAAAUCUCUACAGCAACAUGUGUGUCGAUACUCUUGGAGAAAAGUCGAAAAUCGAAUUCGUUGGUUUAUAUACAUGUCACGGGAUGGGCGGUAACCAGUUUUUUACGUUGACAAAAAGUGACGAAAUCGUUUUUGAAGAUGACAAAUGUCUCGAUGCAGCGCAUGGCGAACCUGGUAGUAAAGUGGAAAUGAUCUCGUGUCACGGUCUACGAGGAAAUCAAGAAUGGAAYCAUGACAAGAAAAAGGGAACCAUAAUUCAUGUGUGGACAGAAAGCUGUUUGGAUAUAUCACAAGAUCGUGCUCAAGUAAUUAUAAACCCAUGCGAUGACUCAAAAACACAGCAAUGGCGAUUUUCACGAUACAAGAGAAAACCUACUAAAAAACCAGAAUARCUAUAGACCUUGUGWUCAAAAGYACGAUUACAGACCCUUCCAGCRUAGUUCCYAGGGCCUUUCCCCUUAGUURGGCGGGGAAGUGAACAAUGACUAGGAGACUAUUGUAUUGUCAUACCAAUUUUUUUAUCAAUAGAUAUAUUUGUUAGUUUGUUGGUUA